AUGGCAAUUUUCAUCAGAUACACUGCUCCUUUGUUUUGCUUCUUUUUCUUAUUUUCUCUCUUUUCUCACCAAACCAUGUCUCAGCCUCAACACAUGCACACUUUCUGUGACGACAAAUUAUCCGACAACUUCACACAAACCAGCUCAUACAAAUCAAACCGUGAAACCCUACUUUCUUCUCUCCGUGACCGUUCCUCCCUUGGAACUUAUUCUAAUGCCACAAUCGGUCUUAGCCCCGACACAGUCCAUGGCAUGUUCCUCUGCCGUGGAGACCUCACCAAAACAUCUUGUUCGGACUGUGUCAAGACGGCAACCCUAGAAAUCACUAAAAAUAACUGCACUUAUAGAAAAACUGCUAUAAUAUACUACGAGGAGUGUAUGGUUCGAUACUCCAACGUUUCCUUCUUCACCCUCGUAGAAGACGGGCCUUACGUCGUUAAAUACCCUGUCGCUUUUUUUCCUACUUCUCUUUUUAGUUCGUUCCAAAAAACGUUAUCCACCAAGUUAGAGCAACUAAUUAUCCUCACAUCAUCAAAGUCUUCUUUGUCUUCUUCUACGCCUUAUUACGUGAAGGAUAAAUCACGCGUGAAUGACUUUGAGGGCUCGUAUACGUUAGACACAAUGGUUCAGUGUAGUCCUGAUCUUGAUCCAGCAAAUUGCAGCGCCUGCUUGAGACUUGCAGCCCAAAGUGUCUCAGGCUGUUGUACCAAUGCUCGUUGGGCUCACUUCUAUCUUCCUAAAUGUUUUUUGAAGUAUGAUACAACCGGUUUGCCAAGUUCUCAGUCACCAAGCGGCGCAUCGUCUAUUAACGUUAUGAAAGGUUUAUAUCAUUCAUAA